GCGGCCGCCCCUCGCUUCCUCCCCGCCGGGCCGGGCCGAGAAGAUGGGGAACACCACCUCCUGCUGCGUCUCGUCCAGCCCCAAGCUGCGCCGGAAUGCCCACUCCCGGCUGGAGUCCUACCGCCCCGAGGCCGACCUGAGCCGGGAGGACACCGGCUGCAACCUGCAGCACAUCAGCGACCGGGAGAACAUCGACGAUUUGAACAUGGAAUUCAACCCAUCAGACCAUCCGCGGGCCAGUACGAUAUUUCUCAGUAAAUCUCAAACAGAUGUGAGAGAAAAACGCAAGAGUCUCUAUAUAAACCACCAUCCUCCUGGACAGCUGAGAAGAAAAUACAGUUCCUGCUCCACUAUUUUCCUGGAUGACAGCACAGUCAGUCAACCAAACCUCAAGUAUACCAUCAAAUGUGUAGCUCUUGCAAUUUAUUACCACAUCAAAAACAGGGAUACAGAUGGAAGAAUGCUCUUAGAUAUUUUUGAUGAAAACCUUCAUCCCCUUUCGAAAUCCGAAGUGCCACCAGAUUAUGACAAACACGAUCCAGAGCAGAAACAGAUUUACCGCUUCGUUCGGACGUUGUUCAGUGCUGCUCAACUGACUGCUGAAUGUGCCAUUGUCACCCUGGUAUAUCUUGAAAGACUUCUAACUUACGCAGAAAUAGAUAUUUGUCCAGCAAACUGGAAGCGAAUUGUGCUGGGUGCUAUUCUGCUGGCAUCCAAGGUUUGGGACGACCAAGCGGUGUGGAAUGUGGAUUACUGCCAGAUCCUGAAAGAUAUCACAGUUGAAGACAUGAAUGAGCUGGAACGCCAGUUUCUGGAGCUGUUGCAGUUCAAUAUUAAUGUUCCCUCCAGUGUUUAUGCCAAGUAUUAUUUUGAUUUGCGCUCCUUGGCAGAAGCAAAUAACCUGAGUUUUCCUUUGGAGCCCCUCAGCAGGGAUAGGGCAUGUAAACUUGAGGCCAUCUCCCGCUUGUGCGAAGAUAAAUACAAGGACUUCAGGAAAUCUGCAAAGAAACGCUUUACUCUUUCUAUGAGGAAACAGCAAAUCGGGUGCUUGGAAGUAGAAACAAAAAAUGAAGUAGAGGCAGAAAAACUGUUUCAGAACUGUGCCAUUUUUCAAUGUGCUGUGCUUUUGAAGAGAAACGACAGCAUGAAAAUGAACCAUGUAGUCAGAUGACUGUGCACUAGAGGAGUGAUGUUCGGAGAGUUCCAUCUUAAAGGUUUCUCUUAAUAUCUUUCCUAAUUUUUAUUUUUCCAUUCCUCAUUGCUGCUUCCCAGGAAAAAUUCUUCCCCUUGCACAGCAGCAGAUACCAAGUCUGUAUUUACAGUAGCACAAGCCCCUGAAUAAAUAGUGUUGGUUUUCUUUCACUGCACUUUUCUCUGUAAGCUGUUAUUAGCAUUAUUCUUCAUAAUUAUUAUGCAUAUGUUAUAUUUCUCUUAUGCCUUCUAUUGUAUUUCAAAAGAGAGAACUUGACCAUAGUGCUGAACCAAAAGUGUGUACAGGGAUCAGAAGAUCAUUCAUAAUUUCAUGGUGUGUUUUAUUUAUAGUAUACUUGGGUGUGUGUGCCUUCCUAAGUUCUUGGAAUCAAUUAUUUUUCCUUAAUACAAAGAUACAGUUGUUAAAGUAUUCAGAUGAUGACAGUUAUAAGACUUGGGCCAAAUAUCUGAAAUUUGCAACAGUUCUUGUGAUCCUUUUUGCAGAUUUUCAUGGCAUUAGAAGUUUAGCAGAAUUCAUGUAGAGACAGAUUUGUUUUGUAUGGCCUAGACUAGUUCAUUCAUUCACCUCCAGGUCCACUGUUGCAAGCAAUAUUCUCAAUUUUUAUGUGUUUACUUUAAAACAGACUGUUUGUAUAAAAUAAAAAAUGAUUUUAUAAGCUUCACUGAGAAGGCCUAUAGAAGAACAGGAUACACAUUUUAACAAGGUACUUCUCACAAGUAGAUUUGGUUUUGAAGCUAAAAUGCAAACCUUCAUAUUUUUUUCAGUGUAGGCACUUAUAGAAUUUAAAGACAACCAAACCGUGAACAUAAUUUUCAACUCUAAUUAUUAAGCUGUUCUGUUGUGGUUACUAGUUCCUUCCUACCAUGGCUGUUGCCCCCUUGGGCAAUAAGAACUUCAUUUUUAUUUUUAUUUUUGUUUUUGUUCUUAUUUUUAUUUUUGUUUGCGUAGUUUAGAAAGAUACGGUUGAAAAUGCUCAGUUCCCUGAAAUUCUUUCUUUGUGACUGUCACUGAAGUGAGUGGCAGCAGACUUCCCUGAUGUAUGCACUACUGUGGUAAACCGAAAAGAUUCCAUAUUUAUUUUCAUUAAGCCCUAUGGGCUUGUAGCAAACCUAGAGGCCCUGAGAAGCACCCUUUGCUUCACUGCAGUGCGGAUCAGAUGCCUCCAGGUGAAGAGGCACUAGCAGGAUUGAAGUAGUGAUACCAAACAGUUUCUGUUAACCUUCUAAUGUGAUUUGCGUGAUUUGUGACAUGAAGGUUUUGUCUGUAAAUUCUCCUGAUGUCCUUUGGGCCUUGAAAACACCUUAUUCUCAUCAUUGUUGUGCCAAUGCGUUGGAACUGUGAGUCUCCAAGUCCAUUUUUUCCUUGAACAUGGAAUGUAAGGAAAGUAUAACAAUACAAAUGCCAAUCAAAGCAUUUGAAACCUCUUUACAGGUGAUAUCAAAAGGAACAUUUUCAAAGCAUUUGAAAUUCAUCCUUUUAAGCAUAAAUUUAGGCUUUAAAAUAUGUAAAAUAUUUUGAUUUAUCAACACUUUGCUAAACUAUUUUCCAUUUAACUUGAUAUCAGGAAUAUUGAUUUUAUCCAUUUCCGGGCGAUAGAUAUAUGAACUUUGGAUUAUGUAAAGAUCUCAAUGCAUCUUCUAUAAUUUUUGUGAAGUUUAUUAAACUACUUUGAAGAUUGUAUAGUCUAUUUAUUGUAUGUAUGUACAUACAGUCUGAUACUUUAAAAAGUGGAUUCCGUAAAACCUGGCUCAGUCUUGUUUAGACUAUUGAAUAUCGUUUUAGCCUUGUGCACUGGACUCUACCUCUGUAUAGGAGAAUUUUCCAUAUUCUUAAUUAGUUCUGAUUCUGUGAUUAACUUGGUUAUGUUUCUUGCACUAAGAAUUAAAAAAAAAAUCUGCUGUAA